CUCUGUAGGACCAAAACAACUCCUGGUGGCAUAGGAGGCAUAAUAAUGAAUUAGGGUCUUAAGGGAUGAAUAGGGGUUUGUCUUGGUUUACCCAGGAGGCUGUUCCUGACCAAAAGCACAGAAUGCACUCCGAAUCUCACCCUCCUGGACAGCUUCUGCACCCAGGAAGGUAGUCAGAGAAAGGGACUAGUGAGAGUAUUCAUGGAGGGUUGGGAGAGGCCCAUCCCAAGAGGGCCAAGGCCCAGUGGGUUCCACUAUGCGUAAUGGGGAGGGGCCUUUGAAGGACUGUGCACUUGAGGCCUAGGGGCAGGAUGGCUGUUUAGGAAGGCAGGGAAUAUGAACUCACAAGGCCAUGAGAAGCUGAACCGAGUAGAAGCAGGGUUGGAAAUGGUAGGGUGGGUUUGAGAGUUGGUUAGUUUGGGAGUUGUUUGAGGGGAGGAGGAACCCAAGGAAACGGGGAAUCAUUUGCCUUUUCUCCACCCAGUGCCUCACUCAGAGCCUGGCAAAAUACCCACUCAGUCCUUGGAGGAAGCUAGCUGGGUGGGUGGAUUGAGCAUCAAAGCUGGGCAGCCCUGGGACAGGCAGCUGUGGGUACGCUGACCGUGCAGCAAAUGUUUCCCACUCUCCAGGGAUGCCUGCCCUAGGGGAGGGAGAAUGCCAACGUGAACCAGAGUGAGAUGCAAAGGCAGCCCCGGGCGGGACACCACGCCAGGUCACGCACCACCUGGACUAAUGCAGAUUUGCAGGAGGGGUGGUCAGUGAUCCGGGAGGAUGUGUGUGCACACAACUCUGACUUCAUGCCUUUCCCUCUCUUCCCACCUCACAAAUACAAAUGCCCCCCUGCCCCUCUUUGAGGGUGGUUGGGUCUCAAGAGGCUGGCCCAGGGCAGCGCCAGUGACCACCGCACCCCCCAACUUGAGGAAGGGCCCCUCAGGUCAGGAGGGAACCACAGCCAAACCCUGUGCCCACCUGAGGAGCAUUGAGCUUUGGGGUGGAGCGGACAGCCUGGGAACCGGUCUGCCAACCAGUUUAACCAGGGACUGGUUUCGGCUCCCGAGUUCAAAGAAGCUGGGGUGCACCCCGUCCCACCCGGCCAAUGGGAGCAGCGGUGCUUAACCCUUUCCCCAUUGUGCCUGGGGCAACGUCCAGAGGCGGUACGUGCUGGAGAGGGUCUGAGCCUCUUCGGGGCAUGAAAUGGGUGAGGGUGACCUUGGCUAUGGCUGUGGGGUGCAACCAGGCCCAUGAUAAUGGGGAAACAGGAGAGAGGCUCCCUUGUUUCCCCUCUCCAGACUUCCCUUGGGGUUUCCUCUUCUCUCGGAGGCGAUCCCUGGAGGACCCUGGCUUCUGGGUGGGUGCAGGGGCACUGGGAUUGGAUUUCUGGAGUAAUGAAUAUUCAUCAGCCCGAUCCGGCCUCUGCUUCUGUUUACUUAGCCGGGAGGGGCUGGGUUUCAGGUUCACCUUGACUCCCCAGAGCCGCAGUGGAGCAGGUACCCGCUCCUGCACCUGUUUCUCUUGCACCUGCCGUGCAGCUGCUCCCACCUAGCUCUCCUGGCCUGAGCCUUGCCCGGCGCGGCACCCUGGAGGCACCCCUGCCUCUCCCAGUCUCCUGCCUGAGCAGCUGCUACACUCAGCUCCUUCUCUGAGGAAGGUCUCGCCUCCAGCCCAAAGCAGUCAGGAUUACAGGAAGCACCCCUCUCGGCUCCAGGGACCACCAUGACCGAGGCCGGCUGGUGGAAGCUGACCUUCCUCCGGAAAAAGAAAUCGGCUCCCAAGGUGCUGUAUGAGAUCCCUGACACCUAUGCUCAAACGGAGGGCAGCGCUGAGGCCCCGAGGCCCGAGGGCGGGGGCCCCAACGGCAACUUUAACACCCGCCUGGAGAAGAUUGUGGACAAGAAUACAAAAGGCAAGCACGUCAAAGUCUCCAAUUCGGGCCGUUUCAAGGAGAAGAAGAAAGUCCGGGCCACAUUGGCAGAGAACCCCAACCUCUUUGACGACAGGGAGGGCAACGGACAGUGAGGGGGGCCAAGAAGGACGCGGACACCUCCCUACUCCUGCCGUCAGCCGGAUCUGAGACAGGAGCUUGCCACGCCGGGCUCCUUGGCCACAGCUGACGCCCUGGGGGCAGUUGAUGCCUGCUGGCAGGAAAUGGCUGGUUUUAGGUUUGUAUUUAUGUGCCUCAGCUUUCUGGAAGGUCUGGGUUCUCCCAGGGUCCCCCCACGUCCCCCAGCACGUACAAAGGCACUCCAGUCCAAGGAUGAAAAGUCCCACCCAGGAAGGACAGCCCUCCUCAAAGUCGUGGCGCCGGCAGGGAGGUGGGCAUGGUGAGGGACGGAGGGAGGGGGCGGACAGAUUUCGCCUCCUCCGGGGGGCACAGGGUCAAGGGUGAGUUUCGAUUUCUGCUCCCACAACUGUUCCCUGGACCAAUUCUGAGCGUGACUUUUCCUAAAGCCACAUGAUGGAGUGGUUUCCUGGAGCUGGAGGAGGCCGAGACCCUGAACUUGAGCUCACCUCCUACCACAAGAGGGAAAUUUCCUGGAACUUGCUCCCAGGUGUGCAGGGAGAGGAGGUCACUGGCACUCUGGCGGGGAGGGGUGCUGCUGCAGAAAUCCAGGUGACGGACCCCAAGGGUUCCUGCACACCUCCUCAAAGGGAUGAUGCACUGGCUCAUGGGUCCAAAUUUGGGGAGCAGGUAGGGAAGCUGUGGUAGGACCUAAAAGCAGUCAGCUCUCUUCUCCCCUCCUACUGGUAUUUAAGAAGGACAAGCCCCAGAGAUGAGUCCUGGAGCUUUGAAUUUUGUUUAAAAAAAUAGUAAUUGUAGGUUUCUCUCUUUGUA